ACCGUGAACUGAGAAAACCCUCAUAGUAAUAUCAAAAGCAGAAGAGAAAGAGCAAAAUGGGUGAAGUGCAUACAGUUGAAGUUCCAAGAGUGAAACUUGGAAGUCAAGGAUUGGAGGUGUCAAAGUUGGGAUUUGGUUGCUCGGGUUUGACUGGAAUAUACAAUGAUCCAGUCCCGGAAGAGGAUGCGUUUAAACUGAUAAAGCAUGCAUUUGAUCAAGGAAUCACUUUCUUUGAUACUGCAGAUGCCUAUGGAAACAAUGCAAACGAAAUUGUGGUUGGAAAGGCUUUGAAGCAGCUACCACGAGAUAAAAUCCAGUUGGCAACAAAAUUUGGUGUCUGCCACCAAAAGACUGGAACAAUAAUAUGUGGUACGCCUCAAUAUGUGCGAGCUUGUUGCGAAGCUAGUCUGAAGCGCCUUGAUGUUGAAUACAUUGAUCUCUAUUAUCAGCACAGAGUUGACACAUCUGUACCCAUUGAGGAUACAAUGGGGGAGCUUAAGAAGUUGGUGGAAGAGGGAAAAAUAAAGUACAUUGGAUUAUCUGAAGCCAGUCCAGAUACCAUAAGGAGGGCUCAUGCAGUUCAUCCCAUUACUGCUUUACAAAUGGAGUGGUCUCUCUGGACUCGUGAUAUUGAGGCAGAAAUUGUCCCACUUUGCAGGAAACUUGGAAUAGGAAUAGUGACAUACAGUCCACUUGCCCGAGGCUUUUUUGGUGGAAAAAAAGUUGUGGAAUCUAUCCCUGCAAAUAGUAUUGUGGCAUCACAUCCAUGGUUUGAAGGAGACAACUUUAACAAAAACAAAAUCUUAUAUUCGCGCAUGGAAAAGUUGGCUGAAAAGCAUGGAUGCACCCCCACACAGCUUGCACUUUCCUGGAUUCUUCACCAAGGAGACGAUGUUGUUCCCAUUCCUGGAACAACUAAGAUAAAAAACUUUGACAAUAAUUAUGGUUCUCUAAGAGUGAAGCUUACAAAGGCUGAUUUGGAAGAGAUUUCUGCUCUCAUUCCCAUCCAUGAGGUUGCGGGUAGUCGAUUCAAAGAUGAUAAUUAUCUUCGUGCCUCCUGGAAAUUUGCUGUCACGCCAACCAAAGAGAUUCCUGCAGCUAUUUAAUUAGUGUUCAUGAGCUGUUAAGCUUAUAAUACAUCUACCUAGUUAUCAUAAAUAAUGCAGGAGGUUGCAUAUCUCAUAUGCAACUAGAGUUUCGUUUCUGUUCAUUCGAAUAAGUACAGGAGAAACGUUCGGUUUCUGUUGUAACAUUAUUCUCCCUUUUUUUGAACUAUUAUCUUAUUUUCCAAGUAUAAAGGUGUGUUCUUUUAAUUAAA